UGGCUUUGCAUAUUUGUAAUUCUCAUUUGCAGUCCAGACUGAUGUGGGAUACUUCCAGACUUUUUUGUGCAUUUGCACUCAUGAGGCACCACGUUUGCUGAAGCUGACCUGUCUUUGGCUCCGCCCACUGUCCCCACAUGUCUCACCCACAGUGCCAGAGCACAGAAACCUUCACACAUAAAGUUCUGAUACAUUAGCGGCGCACAUCUUCAUCGCAGACACCUGUCCUGAAGACUGAAGAGAUAAGCUCAGUUCCUGACAGACAUGGAGACCUCCGUUGAACAGGCUCGCUGGGUUUCCUCCUCCAUGGUAUCAUCAGAGGUGAUGCCCUCUUACCCAACUGACUCCAGCUAUAUGGUCCACACUGAAGAGGGUUCGAUGUUUCCCUGCACUGAUGCCGAUUACAGCAGCCUACCCUCUUUGUUCAGCAGCCCGGUCCAUGGCUGUCCAUCUGGAGCUUUUCAAAACAGCCCAGUGUAUCCGGUUUACUCCUCUCCAUUCCUCGGAAACCUGUCCUGGCUGGAAAGUUCUAACAGCCCCACUCUAACCAACCUCUUCCCAUCAUCCCCAUCGUCCUGGCACAGCAGUGCGUUUUCUAAGACGUCCUCAUCUUCCUUCCUGGGCUCCGCGGCUCUCUCCUCUGCCAGACCGCCUCGUUCUGCCCUUCACUUCCCUAUCCAGCACCAAAAGGAGACCUUCGGUGUGCAGGAGAGCGUGAAAGGAGAGAGGCUGAGUCCUCCUGGAGGUGGGGAGGCGUUUGGAGGUGUGUUUCCCCCCUCAGUGAGCGACGUGUAUGCGCAGACACACUCUUUAAAAACACACUACAGUCCCCACGGGAGCUUGACGCAGGACUACAGCAGUUCGCUUCUCUACACACCCUCGUCCUUCUCACCCAAAUUAUGCAGCAAGAUGAAAUUCCCACCUUUAGAGCCGCAUGAGUGUGUGAACUGUGGGGCCACUGCAAGCCCUCUGUGGCGGCGUGAUGGAACGGGACAUUACCUCUGCAAUGCCUGCGGACUGUACCACAAGAUGAACGGACAGAACAGACCCCUCAUCCGACCCAAAAAGAGACUGGUCAUCAGUAAGCGAACAGGAACUCAGUGUGCGAACUGUCAGACCAGCACCACCACGCUGUGGAGACGCAACGCCAGCGGCGAGCCUGUGUGUAACGCUUGCGGACUCUAUUUCAAGCUUCACAAUGUGAACAGACCGCUGACUAUGAAGAAGGAAGGCAUUCAGACACGUAAUCGUAAAGUGUCCAGCAAGAACAGGAAAGGGAAAAGGUUUAGUGCCACAGAGGAGAAUCUGUAUUUUUCAAAGAAUCCUGUGUCUGAUCAGCAUUUCGACUUGUAUUCUCAAAGUCCAGGAGCUCUGGGCGUCUACAGCCACUCUUCCCAUUCACUGCCGCCCACCGCUGCCUUCCACAGCCACGCCAGCCUGCCCUACCCAUACCACCCACCAGCUGCCAUCUUACCCAGCCUGGUGUGACGGAAACUGGACAGAAGACUGAGUUCAUGGAAAGCUGGAAAAAGUUGUACAAAACCAUGUGUUCACAUACUCAGCAUAAACAUACUUGAAAGCUUGACCAAUGCGGAUGCAUGAAAAAACAUGGCACACA